CUCUUCCGCACCAACCGAACGAUCGCCACUCGCCCCAUGAGCCUCGCUGCGCGCCUGCGCCACUACACCAACCGUUUGGUCCGCACGCUCCACCCAUCUCGGAUUCCUCCCCCACUACAAAGCGCCGCGCGGCCGGCAUCGCACUCGCACCGACGCCGGGAGCGAGCGGUGAUGGCGGCGGCGGCGGACCCGGACACGGAGGUGCAGGCGGACUUCUUCCCGAUGGUCCGCCAGUACAGGAGCGGCCGCGUGGAGAGGUUCAUGAACAUGCCCCCGCUCCCGGCCGGCACCGACCCGGCCACGGGCGUCGCGUCCAAGGACGUCGUCCUCGACCCGGCCACGGGCGUCUGGGCGCGCCUCUUCCUCCCGCCCGGCGUCCCCAAGGGCAAGAAGCUCCCCGUCGUCGUCUACUACCACGGCGGCGCCUACGUGGUCGGCUCCGCGGCCGACCCGUUCACGCACAGCUAUCUCAACGCGCUCGUCGCGGAGGCCGGCGUCCUCGCGGUGGCGCCCGAGUACCGCCUCGCGCCGGAGCACCCGCUCCCGGCCGCCUACGACGACUCGUGGGAGGCGCUCAGGUGGGUGGCCUCCCACGCCGCGGGCGGCACCGGGCCGGAGCCGUGGCUCGCCGAGCACGGCGACUUCUCCCGCGUGUUCCUGGCCGGGGCCAGCGCGGGGGGCACCAUCGCGCACGUCGUGGCGGCGCGCGCUGGCGGGCACGGCGCCGGCGGGCUCGGGAUGCGCGUCAGGGGCCUCCUGAUCGUGCACCCCUACUUCAGCGGCGCGGCGGACAUCGGCGACGAGGGGGCGGCGGGGAAGGAGCGCAAGGCGCGCGCCGACGCGUUCUGGCGGUUCCUGUACCCGGGCUCCCCCGGGCUCGACGACCCGCUGUCCAACCCGUUCUCGGAGGCCGCCGGCGGGAGCGCGGCGCGGGUCGCGGCGGAGCGCGUCCUCGUCUGCGUCGCCGAGGAGGACGAUCUGCGCGACAGGGGCGUCUGGUACUACGAGAACCUCAAGGCCAGCGGAUACCCGGGCGAGGUGGAGCUGCUCGAGUCCACGGGCGAGGGCCACGUCUUCUACUGCAUCAACCCGAGGUGCGACAAGGCGAGGGAGAUGCAGGAGCGCGUCCUGAGUUUCCUACGCAAGUGACUGCGCGCCCGUGUGAGCAGACAACCACGCGCACGCAUGUGAGAUGGAAUAAUUUUACUGCCCGGGAGGCGGCCGUGUUUGAGCCUGGUGCUCGUGUACUCUCAUGCUUCCAUUGUCUCUCGAAAACAUUAUGGGUAGCCCCCAGUCGGUGACUCUCAUCGUAUUAUUGAGAUCUGACGAUCA